UCUUUUUCAUCCUGCUUGAGAAAUCUUUCGAAAUUGGUGAUGAAGAUCAAAAUUAUUUUCGCCUUCUUCGUUUUCUUAAUCGCUUAUGCAUUUUCCGUUAGAUUCACCAUCGACAAUAAUUGCCCAUACACCAUAUGGCCUGCAUCAGUGACCCGCAGCAAAGGACCUCAAAUAUUAACCGGAUUUGAGUUGGCGUCUCACGCCUCAAAAAAACUAGAGGUUCCAUCCCAGUGGUCUGGACGAAUUUGGGCCAGAUUUGUUUGCUCAGGCUUCGAAGGCAAAUUUACUUGUCGGAGCGGUGACUGUGGCUCCGGUCAAAUAGAAUGCGGCGGCGCGAGCGGAGCAGCUCCUGCAACUCUGGUGGAAUUCACGUUAUUUGGUUCCGGUGGGCAAGAUUUCUAUGAUAUUAGCCUCGUUGAUGGAUUCAAUUUGCCAGUGAGAGUUGCACCACAAAUUGCUGGUUGUACUACCAUUAGUUGUCCGGUUGACAUCAAUAGAAGGUGUCCAAAAGAACUGGCCGUAUUCAACACGGAAGGCGGUAUAAUCGGUUGUAAGAGCGCUUGUGUGGCGUUCAAUCAACCCCAAUAUUGCUGCACAGGUGAUUACGGCUCGCCUGACAAAUGCAAGCCAACGAAUUAUUCAAAUGUCUUUAAGCAGCCAUGUCCUCAAGCUUAUAGUUAUGCAUAUGACGAUCGAAGUAGCUUAUUUACGUGUAAACGUCACCCUGACUAUGUUAUCACAUUUUGUCCAUGAGAAAUUAUGAAAAUUUAAACAAGUUUUUUAUUAU